CGACGAUCGGGCGCGUGCAUGCUUGGCUCCAUCUGCAGGAUGAAGACCGCCAGGCUGCAGGUCGCCAGGCUGAGUGAGGCCAGCAGGCGCUGCGCCGCAGACUCCAUCACUGUAGACACACCAUCGUAGACACACCAUCGUAGACACACCUUCGCUGAUGCAUGCUCUGCUGCAGCGAUGCCAUGGCCUCUACAGCAUCCACGACAGUCUUCGGCGACGCGCGCUCCAGCCUCCAGGCUCACACCAUCAACGGCUCUGUCGAGUUCCAUCUCCAGCCUGAGCUCGAGAACAGCCUCGGCCGUCUACCGCGCGCCGAAGACGCGCCAUUCAACUCAUACGCAAAGCAGCACGAGCCUGCAUGCCUCCGUGACACGCGUGUUGACCUCCUCCGCGAGAUAUACAGCUGGGCGGAUGGGCCAGACGAGCGAUGCGUCUUCUGGCUGAGCGGCCUGGCGGGCACGGGCAAGUCGACCAUCGCCCGGACCGUCGCGCGCAGCUACUUCGAUAAGCAACGUCUCGCAGCAAGCUUCUUCUUUUCGCGCGGCGGUGGCGACGUUGGCCACGCCGGCAGGUUUGUGACAAGCAUCGCGGUGCAGCUUGCGCACAGCGUGCCAGCAGCGCGACAGCACAUCUGCGACGCUGUUGCAGAGCGCAGCGACAUCGUCGGCCAGUCGCUGCGCGAUCAGUGGCAGCACCUGGUCUACCGCCCGCUGUCGAAGCUGCGCGAGCCCAGGCCAUAUGUUGUGGUUGUCGACGCGCUCGACGAGUGCGACAGCGACAGCAACAUCCGCAUCAUCGUGCAGCUGCUGGCCGAGGCGCGGUCGUUGACAGGCGUCCGGCUGCGGGUGUUGCUAACCAGCAGACCAGAAGAGCCGAUCCGGCACGGGUUCGGGCAGAUGGCGGACGCGGAGCACAAGAACGUCGUGUUGCAUAACAUCUCACCGUCGAUCGUAGAUCACGACAUAGGCCUUUUCCUGGAAGACAAGCUUCAGUCCAUUGGGCGAGAACGCUGUCUACGCGCUGGCUGGCCCGGCGCAGAGACCAUUAUACAGCUAGUGCAGAGCGCAAGCGGUCUGUUCAUCUGGGCUGCCACUGCCUGUCGCUUCAUCCGCGAAGGAAAGCGCUUUGCAGCUAAGAGGCUAGAGACGAUCCUGUGUAAUGAUGGCAACACUGUUGCUGCUCCAGAGAAGCAUCUCAACCAGAUUUAUGUUACUGUGCUCAACAGCUCACUCUCUGCAGACUUCACGGACGAGGAGAGAGAAGAGCAUUGUAGAAUGCUGAGAUACAUUGUUGGAAGUGUAGUAGUGUUGUUCUCCCCUUUAUCUGCAUGGUGUUUGAGUGCACUGCUCCACGUCGCAGACGAAGACAUUAGCCAGACACUCGAAGAUCUGCAUGCUAUUCUUAACAUCCCAGAAGACACAACCCAGCCGCUUCGACUGCACCACCCUUCGUUUCGCGACUUUCUGCUUGAUAAAAAGAGAUGCGGCGACGACAGCUUCUGGGUAGAUGAGAGAAGCACACACGGGAAGCUGGCGUCCCGCUGUCUUGAGCUCAUGUCUGCGCCUAAUGGCCUUCGACAAGACAUGUGUAGUCUUUUGGAGCCAGGGACACUAAGAAGCGAGGUUGAAGAGGAGAGAGUAACGAGUAACCUGCCGCCAGAACUGCAGUAUGCAUGCCGCUACUGGGUAGAGCACCUCAAGCGCAGCCAGUGCAGCAUCGCCGACGGAGAUGCAGUGCACAUCUUUCUUCGGACGCACCUUCUGCACUGGCUCGAAGCGAUGAGCCUGGUGGGAGAGACAGGCCAGUGCGUGCACUUGCUGGCAAGACUGCAGGCGAUAACACCGCCAUCUGCAAGCAUGUGUGCAGGCUUCCUCCGCGAUGCCAACCGAUUUGUGCUGCGGUUCUGUUCAGUUGUAGCAGAGGCACCCCUGCAGGUGUAUUCAUCAGCGCUUGUUUUUGCACCGGAGACAAGCGUUGUACGGCAGACAUUUGUUGAUCAGGUCCCUCAGGAAGUGGAGAUACUGUCAGGCAACGAAGCAGAUUGGGACGCAUGCCGCAGCGUGUUGGAGGGCCAUUCAGGCGAUGUCAAUGCAGUAGUUAUCUCGCCAGACGGACAGCUGCUCGCCUCAGCAUCUCACGACAGGACAGUGCGAGUGUGGGAGACGGCGACGGGCACAUGUCGCAGCGAGCUGGAGGGCCAUUCAGGCGCUGUCAAUGCAGUGGUGUUCUCGCCAGACGGACAGCUGGUCGCCUCAGCAUCUCACGACAGGACAGUGCGAGUGUGGGAGACGGCGACGGGCACGGGUCGCAGCGAGCUGAAGGGCCAUUCACGCGCUGUCAAUGCGGUGGUGUUCUCGCCAGACGGACAGCUGCUCGCCUCAGCAUCCUGGGACACGACAGUGCGAGUGUGGGAGACGGCGACGGGCACGUGUCGCAGCGAGCUGAAGGGCCAUUCACGCGCUGUCACAGCAGUGGUGUUCUCGCCAGAUGGACAGCUGGUCGCCUCAGCAUCUUACGACGAGACAGUGCGAGUGUGGGAGACGGCGGCGGGCACGUGUUGCAGCGUGCUUGACAGCUCAUCGGUGUUCAUAGAUCACCUCGCUUUCUCGCCUGACGGUCAGGCCCUGCAUACCAACAAAGGAGACAUUCUACUCCCUGCAUCUCUAAAUCUGACGCCACCUGUUGAGCAGGAAGAGCAAUCUUUGCAGCUCUCAGUAGAGGGCCAGUGGGUGUUCCGCAGCACGCAGCGCUUUCUGUGGCUGCCGUUCGAGUAUCGGGCAUACAACUUGGCAGUAUGCAAGGACAUGGUCUGUCUUGGGUGUCCAUCUGGGCGUGUGACUCUGCUUAGACUGCGAUAGAGGCGUGCGCAGGGGCAUGCGGUCGUUUGCAGUAGCGUGCACCCAAAUGCAUGAAAGUUUCAAAUGCAACAUCAAAGACGCGAA